AUCGAACCGACUCCACCUGGGUGAUCGUGUCACCGGCUCGUUGGUUCCGACUACACCCAGACUUAAUUUAACCAGAAACACUUCUCAAGUUUUCCAUUUACACAACAUGUUGAUACGUCGUGUCUCAUCAGAUCACGCCACGUUGCCACGUGCAUUCAUCCAAAUGGUGUCAAAUCGGCACGUCACUUUACGUGAUUUACUCGCUCACCGGCGGCCUCAUGUUGUGCGUCGAUAUAUGUGUAUAUAUAUAUGCAAUCUGUUCUGGGUUGAUAAGGCUGCUGCAAAACUUUACGUGGUCACUUGCGGCAAAUCAAGAAACCCGAUACAUCUUUCUUCUUCUUCUUCUUCCUCUGGUCAGGAGAACGUGUAUAUAUCUUGGGUUUUUUUUUUUUUUUUUUUUUUUUUCUGUAUCGAAUAAAUUUAUAUGAUCUCAGUCGGCGGAGGAUUGGUGUGAGAAGGUCAGGUAGGUGGGAGAAAUGGCGAGGCCGAUUGACAGAAAAUCAUCUAUAGACGCGGAGCCUAGAACCUUGAGUUUUGAGCAACUUCAGCUGGCUAGAGAAGAAGCGUUGUAUGUGAUGCGCACUAGAAGCAUAGAGGAAGCCAUGCAUAUUUUCACUCAGGGUCUGCGGCCAGUGGGGAGUGCAGCUGGGAAUACGAACGGGGAGAUGAUGAUGAUGAUGAUGGAUAUGGACACGGACAUAGGCGAACAGAUCCAAGUAAGGCUGCCAUUAUUUAGGGACAUAGCCUCUGCACCUUUCUAGAUUCAUUUCAAGAUUUAGGGCCUCUUUUUCUAAACAACUUUUCUUAAUAUGAGCUUUUGGUUUGACUUGAUAAUCUUUUAAUUUUAUGCAGUAUAAUUAAUCUCCUAAUGUAAUGAUUCCAUAAUUGUGAUUUUUGUAAUUAUGUUUACACACUAGCUAUAACUGCCACAAUAUUAUUUAUGUAUUGUACAACAAAAUCAUUUUUGAUAAAUAAUUAUUAAAGAUACCUGCAAGUGUUAGGUCAUGCAAUUAAUUU